UUGUAAAUACAGCUGAUGCUGAAAAUUUAUAUUCACAAAACAAAAUACAAAAACCAGUUGAAGAACCAGUAAAUAGUAUUGCCUAUGUUAAUGAUAUAGUUAUUCUAAAAUAUCAUGUUGAAAAUAAGAGAUAA